UCUCCGCUAUCGCUCCGCACGGCCAAGGCGCCUCUAGGGUUUCGCCGUCCCUCCACCACCCGGCGCGCGCCACCGCCAGAAGAACGCGCCGAUGAAGCGGCCGCCGCCACGCGGUGAAGACGCUGGAAGCGGGGGAGGAGGAGAGGAGGGGCCCAGGAAGGGGAAGGGGAAGGGGAGGUGGGGCGGGGGGAGGCGGCGGAACGAGCAGCGGCUCGGGGGCGGCGGCGGCGGCGGCCUCUCCCUCGCCGCCUUCGCCAACGCCAAGUCCAGGAACACCGGCUACAACCCCGCGCUCAUCAAGAAGCAGAAAGAAUUCUACAAGAAUGCUAAAUUGAUUAGCAAGUAUAAGAGGUCAAAGAAGCAACUAAAUCAGUCAGACGGUCCUCCUCCACUUCCACUGCCAAACCCAAACCCAAAGGAAGGAGUUGAUGCAAAUGAUGCGCCAAAGUUGCAUAGUAAGAAGAAGAAGCGUGUUGCGCCAAGCUUGAAGGACGAGUAUGAGAAGAAACAUGCAGAGGAUGAGAAGGCAAAGAAGGAGCGUGAAGCAAUAAUUCAGGCAAAGAGGGAGGAGCAGGAGAAGUCUGAAGCAAGGCGGAAAGAUUUGAGGGAGAAGAUGUUCAAGAAAACAAGAUCUGGGCAGCCUGUAAUGAAAUACAGGAUCCAGCAUCUGCUGGAGACGGCACUAGAAAUCUCAAACAAGUAAAUGUUGCUAAAUUACGUGCUAAUGGUGACCUGCUUGUUUCGACUGGCUUCUGUUACUCCACACUGUAAAUCUUUUCCUGGUUUCCAAUGCCAUGCUGAUGAUGCACGCACUUUUGAUUUCUUUCAUGUGUGACUUGUGAGGCGAGAUGAUUGGAUAUAAGAGAAACAGGAAAUGACUGGAUUGUCACUGAUGAUCCAAGUGCUAAUUCAUACUAUGAUUUUUGUUGCCAAAAACUUUGAGUGGAGACCGAUCCUAAUUUUCACACCAUGGAUUGAUAGAUAG